AACGCGAAUCAAGAGUCUGGUCUUCUUUUAACCUCACUGAGCGGCUGGUGGAGCUCCAGCUGAGUGUUUUACACUUUAAAACACCUUCAGCAUUCAGUAUAAAGUGUUCAACGUGCUCAGAGGAGGACGGGGACCCGGGAGUCUGCAGGGCGGCGUCGCAUCCGGUCACCGGCUGAGAGGAGAGCUAGCAGCUAAUGUGGCUAACUGGAGGAGCUAACUGCUAAACACACUGCUGGGGCUGGAGGGUCACCUGGGCAGGAGCAUGCAGCACAGUGUGGCUGCACAGCGGGAGGUCACGGUGCUCAUAGCGGCUCAUCCUCCAUCAGCAGCCGCCUCUUAGGGACCAGAACCGGCGGAGAAAGCUGCAGCAGCUCCUGGAGACGGUGAGGGGGGACACAACGACCAGCUGGGAGUCUUGAAUGGAGCAGGAGGUGAGCAUGGAGUACCUGCUGGAGCAGGUGCUGCAGAAGGACGUGGGCACGAGGCUCCAGGUGGGUCAGGAGGUCACGGAGCUCAUCCUGGACCCGGGGAGGUCACCCGGCAUGGAGGAGGACCAGACCCUGCUGGACAGGACGGUGGACGCAGUGGCCAGCUCCUGGGUCAACUCCAGCAACUUCAAGGUGGUUCUGCUGGGGAUGGACAUCCUGUCCGCUCUGGUCAGCCGGCUGCAGGAGAAGUUCAGGACGCAGGUGGGGACAGUUCUGCCGAGCCUCAUCGAUCGGUUAGGAGACUCCAAAGACCAGGUCCGAGACCAGGACCAGGCGCUGCUGCUGAAGAUCAUGGACCAGGCUGCUAACCCUCAGUUUGUGUGGGAGCGAAUGAUGGGAGGCUUCAAACACAAGAACAACAGGACCAGAGAGGGACUCUGCCUCUGUCUCAUCUCUACACUAAACGUGUUUGGAUCUCAGAGUCUGACGCUCAGUAAAAUCGUCCCUCACAUCUGUAACCUCCUCGGAGAUCCCACCAGUCAGGUGCGUGACGGAGCCAUGAACUGCCUGGUGGAGAUUUACCGCCACGUGGGAGAGCGAGUGAGGAUGGAUUUGGGAAAGAAGGGUCUUCCUCAGUCACGGCUCAACGUCAUCUUCAGUAAGUUUGACGAAGUUCAGAGGUCGGGGAACAUGGUCCUCUCACCUGUGUCAGACAAAAACUUUGAGGACGAUGACUCCGGGGACGGCGGUCGCUCCUCGUCGUCGUCCAAAGGGAAGAAGGCGGUGAGCAUGGGAUCCUUCCGACGCCCCCCCGCCUCCGCCUCCAGCGCCAAGUCUGCAGGGAGGGAUGUUGCUGGAGCUGUGGACGAGGAGGACUUCAUCCAGGCCUUUGAGGACGUCCCCACCGUGCAGAUCUACUCCAACAGGGAGGUGGAGGAGGCCAUGACCAAGAUCAGAGACGUGCUGUCUGACGAUAAGAAGGACUGGGAGCUCAGAGUGGCGGCUCUGAAGAAGGUCCGCUCGCUGCUCCUGGCCGGCGCCGCAGAGUUCGACGGCUUCCCGCAGCAGCUGCGCCUGACGGAGGCGGCGCUCAAACUGUCGGCCAAAGACCUCCGCUCUCAGGUGGUGAGAGAGGCCUGCCUCACUCUGGGACACCUGUCGGCGGUGCUCGGCAGCCGGUUCGACCACGCCGCGGAGGCCAUCAUGCCGAUGCUCCUCAACCUGGUCCCCAACAGCGCCAAAAUCAUGGCCACCUCCGGCAUGUCGGCCAUCCGCCUCAUCCUGAGGCACACACACUACCCGCGUCUCAUCCCCAUCAUCACCAGCAACUGUAUCUCCAAAUCUGUGGCUCUCAGGAGGCGCUGCUUCGAGUUCUUGGAGCUGCUGCUGAAGGACUGGCAGACGAGCUCUCUGGAGAGACACGGAACCGUUUUAAUGGAGACCAUAAAGAAAGGGGUCCACGACGCCGACGCCGAGGCUCGCUCUGUGGCCAGAAGGUGUUACUGGUGUUUCCACGGUCACUUCAGGCGGGAGGCGGAGCUUCUGUUCCAGGGCCUGGAGUCGUCCUAUCAGAAGGCUCUGCAGGCUCACCUGAGGAGCGGAGACAACACGAUGUCGCUGCCGGCCUCCGACCGCUCCUCCUCCUCCUCCCAGGAGAGCCUCAAUCGACCGCUGCCGGUAAAAAACACCUUUGGAAGCAGCUCAACAAGAUCCAAAGCUUCCCACACCAGGACUCCGGCCGCCUCCUCUCCCGGCUCCCUCCAGCGCUCUCGCAGCGACGUGGACGUCAACGCGGCCGCCACGGCCACCGCCCGAACCCGGAUGCCCGCCGCGCCCUCCGCCCUGCAGUCGCCCUCUUCGCCCUUCGGCUCGGCCUCGGCCCUCCCGCCCGGAUCCUACGCUUCACUGGGUCGAGUUCGAACCAGGAGAACGAGUUCAGGAAACGGUCCGUCAGUGACGGACAGCCGGGGGAGGAGUCGAGGGAAGGUCGUGUCCCAGUCUCAACCCGGCAGCAGGUCCGGUUCUCCCGGCCGUCUGCUGAGCUCCGGCUACGGCAGAAUCCCGAGGACGAACAUGGGUUCCUCCUCCGCCGCCGCCGCCAACACCACGUCCAGCGUCCUCAGCGACAAGACCCGACGAGGUCACCGCAGCCACGGCUGCAGCCGAGAGACCAGCCCCUCCAGAUCAGCCGCCGACCGUCUGUCCCAUCAGGCUCGCAUCUCGGCCUCCGUCAACGCCAUGAAGAUCCUCAACACCGGCACCGACGUCGAGGCCGCCGUCGCCGACGCUCUGCUCUUAGGAGACUCGAGGAGUAAGCGGCGGCCCCCGAGGCGGCGCUUCGAGUCCCCGGGGAUGUACUCGGACGACGACGCCAACAGCGACGCCUCCAGCGCCUGCUCCGAGCGCUCCUACAGCUCACGCAACGGAGGCGGAGGCGGGGGGGCGCCGCACUACCUGCGUCAGACGGAGGACGUGGCCGAGGUGCUGAACCACUGCGCCAGCGCCAACUGGUCCGAGAGGAAGGAGGGGCUGCUGGGACUGCAGAACCUGCUGAAGAGCCAGAGGAUGCUCAGUCGCGUGGAGCUGAAGAGGCUCUGUGAGAUCUUCACCAGGAUGUUUGCAGACCCUCACAGCAAGGUGAGAGCUCCUCAUGAAGCAGGUGUUUGUGAGUCAGAACUAACUGAAGCUCAAACUCACUCUGUGUGUCUCUGUGUUGCAUGGCCCCUCGCUGCUGUGGACUCUAACAAACAGAGAGUCUUCAGCAUGUUCCUGGAGACCCUGGUGGACUUUGUGAUGCUGCACAGAGAAGACCUGCUGGACUGGCUCUUCGUCCUGCUCACACAGCUGCUGAAGAAGAUGGGGGCCGACCUGCUGGGCUCCGUCCAGGCCAAAGUCCAGAAGGCCCUGGACGUCACCAGAGAGUCCUUCCCCUACGAGCAGCAGUUCAACAUCCUGAUGCGCUUCAUCGUGGACCAGACGCAGACCCCCAACCUGAAGGUGAAGGUGGCCAUCCUGCGCUACAUCGAGGCGCUCGCCCGCCAGAUGGACCCGGCCGACUUCGUCAACUCCAGCGAGACGAGACUCGCCGUGUCCCGGGUCAUCACCUGGACCACCGAGCCCAAGAGCUCCGACGUCCGCAAGGCGGCCCAGGUGGUGCUGAUCGCCCUGUUUGAGCUGAACACCCCGGAGUUCACCAUGCUGCUGGGCGCUCUGCCCAAAACCUUCCAGGACGGGACCACCAAGCUGCUGCACAACCACCUGAGGAACGCCAGCGCCAUCAGCGGCAUCAGCAUGGCGUCUCCCAGUAACUCUGCGGGUCGGACGGCUCCGCGGCCGCCCAGCAGCCGCAGCAGCCCGCUGACCUCCCCCACCAACUGCUCCCAUGGGGGCCUUUCUCCCAGCAUGCUGGAGUUCGACAGUGAGAACCUGAACUCUGAGGAGAUCUACAGCUCCCUCCGCGGCGUCACCGAGGCCAUCCAGAACUUCAGCUUCCGCAGCCAAGAGGACCUGGGGGAGCUGCUGAGGAGAGACGGGAAGAGGGACGGCAUGUCUGGCGUGGGGGCGUCCUCGGACUCUGACGUGGUCGGCGGAGGACGCACAGCCCUGGACAACAAGACGUCGCUGCUCAACACGCCGUCGCCGCGCUCCUUCUCCGGGCCGCGCUUCAGAGACUACAACCCGUACAACUACACGGACGCCAUCGGCACGCUGGACAAGGCCGCCCUGAAGGAGGCGCUGUACGAGGACGCCGUGGAGACGCUGCGAGACGGAGGCCGACAAGAAAGUGUGGAGAACAAGAUGGGGAACCCCAAAAGCUUCCCAGCGGUACCCGCCGAGCAGCUGCAGCUGGUGGGGGAGCUGCUGAAGGAGCUCUCCGGGAGCCAGGGGGGGGAGCGGGGCCCCGAGGAGCGCCGGGGGACCCUGCUGGAGCUGCUGAAGGUGGCCCGCGAGGACAGCCUGGUGGUGUGGGAGGAGCACUUCAAGACCAUGCUGCUGCUGCUGCUGGAGACGCUGGGAGACAAAGACCACACCAUCCGGGCCCUGGCCCUGAGAGUCCUGAAGGAGAUCCUGAGGAACCAGCCGGCCCGCUUCAAGAACUACGCCGAGCUCACGGUCAUGAAGACGCUGGAGGCUCACAAAGACUCUCACAAGGAGGUGGUGCGUGCGGCGGAGGAGGCGGCCUCCACGCUGGCGGCCUCCAUCCACCCGGAGCAGUGCAUCAAGGUCCUCUGCCCCAUCGUGCAGACGGCCGACUACCCCAUCAACCUGGCCGCCAUCAAGAUGCAGACGAGGGCCAUCGAACGCAUCACCAAGGAGCCGCUGCACCAGCUGCUGACCGACAUCAUACCUGGACUCCUGCAGGGCUACGACAACACGGAGAGCAGCGUGAGGAAGGCCAGCGUCUUCUGCCUGGUGGCCGUCUACUCGGUGAUCGGGGAGGAGCUGAAGCCGUACCUGGCUCAGCUGACCGGCAGCAAGAUGAAGCUGCUGAACCUCUACAUCAAGAGAGCUCAGACCUCCACCAGCAACAGCAGCAGCUCCUCCGACAUCUCCUCCUACUAGAUCCUCCUCCACCGAUCAUCUCCAGCGUUCCUCCCAUUCCUGGAGCUGCUUCGUCUUUAGGAGGAGAGCUGAUCCUCCUCCGUCUCACCAGCC